AUGCCCUCGGGACGAAAACGAUGGAACUUGCAUGAUGGACCUCAGGGCUCUUUAAAGAGACUACGCAAUCAGCUCGCUGAAGAUGGAUGUGCUGAGUCACAGGUUGUUCUAGCUAAGCAACUGCUAGAGGAAAAAUGUGAACUAGAAGCAGAUAAAAUAUCCAAUUUUAAGCAGGCAUUGGAAUGGCUAAUUUGUGCCACAGAGCAAGCACACCCAGAAGCUAGAAGAAUGCUACGAAGGUGUAUAAGGAGCGGGGUGAUAGAUGAAGACAGUGCGCCGAUAGUGCGGGCCAAGUCGUGCCUCACGGCCAGUCGGCAGGAGACGGUCGCGAGGAAGGCUGCAAGGGAUCUUUUUGCUAGUUUGUCAAACGGGGAGCAGUACAUAACGACAGCGCAGUUAGAGCGUAGGAUUCGUGAGAUUUGUUCAACAACGCUAAGGAAAGAUCCAGACGAUGACUCUAUAGAUGAUGACUCACCAGAAGAAGAACAAGUGUUGGACGGAGAAAAUGCGUUAGAGCCCUCACAGCUUCAAGCUGGGGAUCAUUUACACUCAAAUGGCACUAUUCGGACGCAGGAUUUAGAGGAUGAUUAUCCAGACAGAUGCGCUCGGAAUGAAGAGAUUCGUAACUUAACAGUCGAUAAUCUUGUUUCCGCCGCGGUACAUUAUUGUCAGGGGGAAUUACCUCUUGUCAGUCACGAAUUGACCCUAACUGACCCUAAUAUAAAAGCCCUAGACCACAUCCCUAUACUAAACCAAGCUUUUCUACACCCUCUACUAUUUAUACAGUAUGUAACUUUGUCGAAAUUGUUCUAUUCUUUAACAGUUCUGAUUGGGUUGACAGUGGGACUGCUGGUCACAUGCCUUUUGGCAAAGUCAGACGCUACCAAGAAGUUUGUGACGCCUAUUCAGCUAGCUAUCGGUUUCAUAACGCUUCUGUACACAAGCAACGAAUUCAUCGCACACAUAAAAGACGAUGGAAUGCCUUCAAGCCUUAUACAAUUUAUGGGGGACGAGAAACCCAUAAAGAAUCUCCUCAAAAACGAAUAUAUAUCAGACUACGAAGAAAUAUACCACAUUUCAUGGGAAGAUUACUACAACCAAUGCAACAUUCCAUCUUGGUCAGAUAAUAACAUGGCUUCCACUCAAAUAAAGUGCUCCAUAUUAGAUAAUGUAAAUAUAAACUGGGAGGGUUAUGUUAAAGAAGUGAAAUUAAGAAGUGUUAGAAAUCAGUGGAGUUUAAUAGUAUCAUGGUUACCAUCUAUUUUGUCAGAAUAUGUAAAGUGUUACUAUGGUGAAGCCAUUACGUGUGAAAGUGUUUUGGAGGAUUGUGGUUUUGUAACGAGUGUUGCCAGACAGAGCGGGAAGAGUUGCCAUUUGAAUAAUUUAAAUGAGUAUACCUCAGAAGUGAUCGUCAACAUGGAAGCGAAUGGUGGUCUAUUGAAGCGUCACACUGAAAUUACUCUCAUAUAUGAGCAUUUCUUCACAAAUUUCACGCGGCUACUGCGUAGAGACGACAAAAUAAGUUUCAAAGGCAUUUUGUCAAACGAACCUGGCACUUAUAACAUAGGUCAUAAGGACCUAAUGAUAAAAGGUUAUGCCAUAAAUUGUUUAGAAUGUAAAGUUGCAAGGGGAUCCAUUAGUUCUAAAAGUCCCACUAUGUCAAAAUUGUCAGAACUUUGUCGAACGAUAGUCAAUGAUUGUGUAGUGUCAGCAAAAUAUAUACUUAAUUUCUUGCUAAAUCCUAUUAUAAUUUUUAAA